GCUUUCAGGUUAGUUUCAUCCACUGCAGGAGCUUCCGACAUGGCCAUGAAGACGAAGGCCCUCGUUGUGUGCAUGUUGGUGCUUGCCGUUGCUGUGGUGACUGCCCUCGGCUUCAGCUUCGAUGAAAAUGAUGUGCCCGGCAACGCGCAGUGCGGGCGCAAAAGGAGGUGCCCUGGCGGCCUAUGCUGCAGCAGGUUCGGGUAUUGCGGCCUCGGCGGCGACUACUGUGGCGUCGGGUGCCAGAACGGCCCGUGUUAUAGAAUAGCCAACAACUAUGGAAAUGAUGAUGUUCCCAACGGGUGCCACAUCUGCAGGCUAAUGCCACCCUACCUGUGCUGCGACUGAUUUAGACACCGUUGUGCAUGUCGUGGUGCUCCGUGUCGGCCUAGCUCCAAUAAAAAAGCCGGCCUGAUGCCUCCAUAUCGCCUGUGCGUGGAUGGCUAAUAGGCGCCCUUUCGUAUGUGUAAUGGGAUUAGUGUGUACCGAAUAAAGAUGGACCGCAUGCAGUCCUUCGUGUC